AUGACCAAAACAAGCGGCCCGUACCGCAUUGGCGUCGAUGUAGGCGGCACCAACACAGACGCAGCAAUCAUCGAUAUCAGCGCAACAGACUUCGAAUCACGCGGAGUAUGUGCGUCAAGCAAGACCCCGACAACCACAGAUGUCACAUCCGGCAUCCACACUGUGAUUGAGAAUGUCCUAAGCAAGACCGCCAUUGAGCGACGAGACGUCCUCAGUGUAGCUAUUGGGACGACGCAUUUUGUGAAUGCAGUUGUCGAGGCGGACGCUCGUCGGUUGAGCAAAGUCGCGGUCGUGCGGCUUUGUGGACCGUUUACGAAGCAGAUCCCGCCUUUUUCGGAUUUCCCGCCUGCUUUAAAGGAUAUAAUGGCUGGUCCGGCUGAUCAUUCCGAUAUUUUAGGACUCGAAAUCGAUGGCCGGGAAAUCUCCCCAUUAAACUCUACCCAGGUGAAAGAAACCGUGAAAAGCAUCCAAGACGCAGGGAUCAAAAUGGUCGCCGUCGUGGGCGUAUUCUCCCCGCUGGAUCACAAGGGUCUACACGAAGAGGCGUGCAAACACCUCAUGCUAGAACAGGACCCAUCUUUGUCCGUGGUAUGCUCGCACACGGUUGGCGGUGUUGGACUGCUAGAGCGUGAGAACGCCACAAUUCUCAACGCCUCGAUUCUCAACCUCGCACGGCGUACAGUCCGGGCAUUUUGUGAUGCGAUGGUUAAAUUGCGCUUAGACUGCACUUUAUUCCUUACUCAGAAUGAUGGCACUUUGACGGAUGCUUCCACUGCAGCCGAGCUCCCAAUCAAAACGUUUGCUUCGGGUCCGACGAAUAGUAUGGCGGGCGCUGCAUUCCUGGCAUCUUUGGAUCGCGGCGCGAACCGGGCGACUUCUGAGACUCAAGUCCUCGUUAUUGAUAUUGGAGGGACUACAAGUGAUGUGUGCGCUUUACUUCCUUCUGGAUUCCCUCGGCAAGCUCCGAAUUUUGUUGAAGUCGGAGGCGUGCGAACCGCGUUUUCGAUGCCCGAAGUUUUGUCAGUUGGAUUGGGCGGAGGUAGCCGGGUCUUUUACGAUCCGUCUUCAGACCGUGUACACGUUGGGCCUGACUCCGUUGGACACUAUUUGACAAGCCAGGCAUUAGUAUUUGGCGGUGAUGUGAUGACAACGACGGAUAUUGUCGUUGCUUCUGGAAAGGCGGAUAUUGGAGAUGUCAAAAGAGCCCAAUAUAUCUCUGGAAACGUGGUGAAUAAAGCUCGUGCGGAGAUCAAAAAGAUCCUUGAACGCGCGGUGGAAGAUAUGAAGGUCUCCAAUCUACCAGUUACCCUACUCCUAGUCGGAGGAGGAUCAAUUGUACAGAUGGACGACCUGAAAGGUGUUGCAAAGUGUAUCAUCCCACCUCAUCACGACUCUGCAAAUGCAGUUGGUGCAGCAAUUGCAAAGGUUGCAGGUGAAGUUGACAGAAUCGAGAUCCUAGCAGACCGCGAUGAAAGAAUCGUCCUGGAAGAGGCGAAGCGCCAGGCCAUCGAAGCGGCUGUUGCCCGCGGAGCAGACAGAAAGGACGUCAAGAUCGUGGCGAUUGAUAAGAUCCCGCUGCAAUAUGUGACGAAUAAGGCAACUCGACUGGUUAUCAAAGUUGUUGGACGAUUGGCUCUACCCGAUCCAAGUGCCUCACAAAAUACUGAGACUCGUACAAAUGAAGCAUCCACCGAUAGCGCGAUCGAAGAGCCCGAGACUGAAGCCAAAAAGCAAUUCCACCAGAAUUCAGCACCAGAAAAACUCCAGUCUUUAGUGAAAUACUCCGCAUUCAUGGACAUCGACAACUACAGCCCCGAAGUACGCAACGGAGUAUGGUACAUCUCCCCAGUUGACCUUGAAUUCAUCGCAACUGGCACAGGCGUCCUAGGCACCGGAGGCGGUGGCCCCUCAUACCUCCAAUACCUACAAUGCCUCGAGAGUCUCCGUCAACCCAACGCCAAGGGCAAGAUGCGUGUCGUGGCACCAGGUAGAUUAAAACACUCCGAUGUCGUUGUCCUCGGAUCGUGGUAUGGAGCCCCCAGUGUCUCAGGGGAGAGAAUGCCAGCUGGAAGGGAAAUUAUGACAGCGAUUGAUCAAGCGGUUAAAACUUCGGGUUACACGCAUUUCGAGGCGGUUAUUGCGGAUGAAAUUGGGGGUGGAAAUGGGAUGUCGACUUUUCCGACUAGUGUCCACUAUGAUAUUCCUGUUGUAGAUGGGGAUUUGAUGGGGAGGGCUUAUCCGACUAUGGAGCAUGGUACGGCUUAUGUGUAUGGCGAGCCGAUAACGCCUUGUGCACUGGCAGAUGGGAAGGGAAACACUUCCGUUGUGCUGAAAGCAGAGUCCAACCGCAGAAUCGAGACGAUGAUACGCUCACAGUGCGUGGACCUCGGUCUUAGCAUCGCCGUGGCCUCCACCCCUUUGUCUGGUCGGGCAAUCAAACGCUAUGCAAUCCCGAACACCGUGUCCCAGUCCUGGUAUAUCGGGCGUGCCGUUCACAGAGCCCGCCGCUCAAAGACCAACAUCAUCGAUGCCAUUGAACAGUUCCAACCCACCCCAGGUCGCCUCUUGUAUAGCGGCAAAAUCAUCGAUGUCAAACGCGACGUAAGCCGCGGCUACACUAUGGGCCAUUGCAUAAUCGCACCUCUAAGCAACGAAGAAAAAGAUUCGAACUCUCUCAGCCCUACAAACCUAGGUUCAGACGAAAGCCGCUGCCUCAUGAUCCCCUUCCAAAAUGAAUUCCUCUAUGCCGCCUAUGCCGACAUCGCUAAUCCCGACGACACAUCCCGGCAUGAAGUUAUCUGCACAGUGCCAGACUUGAUCUCGAUCUUGGGACAAGACGGCGAGGCGAUUGGUUCCCAAGAGCUGCGCUACGGACUGCGUGUCAAUGUUAUCGGGAUGGCAGCGCAUCCUCUCUGGACGGGUGACGAGCGAGGGCUUAAAGUUGGUGGGCCGGAGGGGUUCGGCUUGGAUAUGCAGUGGAAGAGUCUUGGGCCGUAUCAGGAGCCGAGGAGUGUAGUGGAGGAAUUUAAUGUGGCUUCAUAG